AUGCCAUAUUUAAAGACAGCAUACGGUGACAGUAUUCGCAAAGUUUUGCAUGUCGGACCCGAUACUUGUUCAGUGGUCUCAAAAUUGUUAAAAGAAGAAGAAACAGAAGCAUGGGGUGUUGAACCAUAUGAUAUAGAGGAUGCCGAUAGGAGUUGCAAAAGUCUAGUGCAUAAGGGCAUAGUGCGCAUUUCUGAUAUCAAAGCUAAAUCAUUCUCCCUUGUCGUCAUAUCGGAUGCUGUAGAUUAUCUGUCUCCUAAGUACCUGAACACGACUAUUCCCGACUUAGCAAGAGUGUCGAGUACCGGUCUUGUCAUUUUUACUGGUUAUCCAGGUAUUUCGAGAGCUAAAGUACCAGAACUGUCCAAGUUUGGACGCCCGGCAAAAAUGAGGAGCUCGUCUUGGUGGGGAAAGUUUUUCGCCCAGACAGGCUUAGAUAAGAAUGAAGCUGCAAGGAAAAAGCUCGAGCAAUCUACAACCAAGAGUUUAUACACUCGAGGCAGAAGAGAUAUUCAGGUUCAGUACAUUUUUUUGGCAAGUAGAGAUGAUCUAUUGCAACCGCACGUCACUCGUAGUUUUGUCAGCAUUCUUGGCAUGAUAUGGCUUUCCUUAAGACCUUAG